UCGUUGCUUUUGUAAUCAAGAAGAACACAAAGGCAGGUCUUAAAAACUUGCGAUCGAGACAGCAAAAAAUAAGUUGCCGGAGAUUCUGAAGAUGGCCGAACCAAAGAGGGGGCGUGUACAAUGGGAUGAAGCUAAUAUAGUGGAAAUUGAAUCUAACAAACCUGUUAGGCAGAAGAUUACUGAACCAAAGACACCCUACCACCCGAUGAUUGAUGAUGAUGGUUCUCUGUCUCCUAGAGGAAGAGCAUUUGAUGAAUGCGUUGAUGAUAUGCAACGUGCAGAAGAACUGAGGAACAGUCUGAAUGAUGCAGCAGCUUCCUCCAGUAGAAACUCUAGCCAGGGUUCUGGUGGUGGUGGCUGGAGCUCGUCUGACGAAGAAGAAGCAGAUCCAAUGGAUCAAGAUGAAGAAGGUCCGGAAAAUGGGAAAAAUGCACGUUUCAACGCACACCGCAAAGCACACUACGACGAGUUUCGGAAGGUGAAGGAACUGAGAUCCUCAGGGUCCUUCUACGAAGAAGAAGAAGAGGAAGAUCAUGAUGGUGCAAAGGGGAAUAAAUCAGAGGCAGUAACAACAACCUCACGACACACGAAAAGCGGAAACAAAGAGUUAGAUGCAGGCACAACAACUGUAUCAGAGAAGUCAUCUUCACCCCCGAGUUAAUAAUAUAAAAACCUCUCUCUGUUGAAUCAAAUUUGUAUUACUCUGGUUCAGGCUUUACAGAGCUCUCUAUCUCUACUAAUCUGAGUUUUAUCUACUUGAAUCCUUCUGAAGUUCUGAUAAAAGAAAGAAAGAAGAGAAAAAAAAACCAUCAAAAUUCUGAAAUUAUGUUAUUGUCUUUAUACCAGUUUGAAGCAGUUGCUUACAAAUUACAAUCACUUCUGUUCUUCCA